AUGGAAAGCGUAGGCAGCAAUACCACAUUAUUUAAUGACUUACUUUAUGCCAGCGAGUUGACACUUCAAAGAGAAUUCAGCGAUGUGCUAAUGGGAAUAAAUACGUGGCCCAUAGAGAAAUGUUUGAAAGCUCAUUUAAUGAAUGAAACUUUAAGUGAUGAUGUAACAAACCACAUAUAUGUUUAUAAUGGUACUCAGAUUAUGUGCUUGGACCACGCACCUGUUUUAACCCGAAGCACUAUUAUACGAGCGACUGUCCUAUCUGUAUUGGCUAUGUUAUCAUUAUUUGGAAACUGUGCGACUAUAAUAAGUGUGCAAAGAGGCAAGAGAUGUCGAAGAAGAGCACGGCCAUCUUGGACUGCCAUAUAUAGUCUUAUAUUCCAACUCAGUAUAGCAGAUUUACUUGUAACAAUAUUCUGCAUAGCGGGAGAAGCAGGUUGGUCUUUUGCCGUUCAAUGGUACGCGGGUAAUAUCGGUUGCAAAUUGUUUAAAUUUUUGCAAAUGUUUGCCUUGUAUUUAAGUACAUUUAUACUAGUGUUGAUCGGAGUUGAUCGAUGGUUAGCUGUCAAAUAUCCAAUGAAAAGUAUGGCUACGUCAACGAGGAGUGGAAGACUUGUCAUUAUAGCUUGGAGUCUAAGUUUUAUACUAAGCAUACCACAGACAGUGGUUUUUCGAGUUGCUAAAGGACCGUUCAUCGAAGACUUUUAUCAAUGUGUGACACAUGGUUUUUAUACGGAGAGAUGGCAAGAGCAAGCCUACACGACAUUGUCACUCGUAUUUAUGUUUAUAUUGCCACUUAUUGUAUUAAUUUCGACAUAUGUUUCAACAGUGAGAACUAUAGCAAAGAGCGAAAAGGUGUUUCUACCGGAAGUUUCGAGACAGGCGACAUUUUUAACACCAGAUAUGAACCGUAGGCGGCUUAUUGACAGAGCCAAGAUGAAAUCUUUGAGGAUGUCAAUUGUAAUUGUAACUGCGUUUGUAAUAUGGUGGACACCCUAUUAUGUGAUGAUGAUUAUAUUUACAUUCCUUAAUCCUGAUAAAAAUUUAAGUGAAGAUCUGCAGUCGGGAAUAUUUUUCUUCGGUAUGUCAAACAGUCUAGUCAACCCGGUCAUAUACGGAGCUUUCCAUUUAUGGCCGAAAAAGAAACGUUCCAGACAUAGUGACAGAGAAUCUGGAGGUCAGCACGCAUCUUUACUCCGCCGCGGUGACAACACCUCAUCCGUUAGGUUAACAACGAUACGAUCUCUCAGAUCGUCAGCAAAAUAUUCAAAUGGACAAAACAUGAGUUUAUUAUAACCCAUC